AAUUGCUACGAGCCGAAGCAGAGUGUGGUUCAUGCGUCUGUAUUAUUUGCAUGUCACGUGAGCACAACUGGCCAACCAUUUGUCUUGUUGUAGCAGUUGUGUAAUUAGUUUGGAGAAAAAUAUAAAAGGUUAUGUGUCAUCUGCGUAGGUUUGGCCAUAUGACCCGUGAAGUAUUAUAGCGCUUGAGACCAGAUAGUCUAGAAUAUGAACUGAGGGCAGAUGAGAGGUUCUACAUUAAGAAACGGAGAGUAUUCCGUCAUAUAAAAAUGGAGGGUUUGGGAGGGGAUAUACCGCCAAUGCACAACAGAAGUUUUUAUCCAUCUGCAUUCGGGGCACACACUGGCCGAACUGCAUCAGGAGCGACGGUGUACUCGGUCGGGGACAGAUCAAACUCAUUCACUCAUGAAUCUUUCAAGGCAUAUGGGUCCUUGCCUAAUACCACGACCGCCUCAAAUACGUCUGUCGCCUUCGGCUGUCAAUUCGGCAACAGUUGUUACAGUUGCAAAAUACCGCACAGUCCCUGUUUCCAGCACAGCGUUUUGAAACAAACCGCUAACGCAUCUCUGAGUGGACAUUCAGAAAAAUCAGUGGAUAUGACGGGUUUUCCUACCACUAACGUGCACUGCAGUGAAAUCCCAGGGAGGGGUAAAGAUUUUGGGGUUUAUCAGGGCUUUCCAGCUCACUAUCCACGGAUUCCAGGAUACAUUGAUGUACCUGUUGUGCCUCGGAGUGGCCCUGGUGAUCCGCGACACGAGGCUGUUUUACCAAUGGAAAGCUAUCAGCCUUGGAACUGGUCAAGCAGUUGGGGUAGUCAACUUUACUGUGCGAAAGAACAGAACCAAAACACGCAUCUUUGGAAGUCUUCUCUUGCAGAGGAUACAGCACUAAACCGGCCAGACGUCAGCACCUUUUACCGGCGUGGAAGGAAGAAAAGGGUGCCGUACUCUAAGUUCCAGCUCAAAGAACUUGAACGAGAGUACACCGUCAACAAAUUUAUCACUAAAGACAAAAGACGACGAAUAGCCUCCGGCACCAACUUAACCGAGAGACAAGUGACGAUAUGGUUUCAGAAUCGACGCGUCAAGGACAAGAAAAUUGUGUCAAAAACAGCGAAAGACUUUGCGCCUUUUUCGUGAAAUCCUUAUAAAGUCCUCCAUGGUAAAUGCAGGGUGAUCUCAGGGAUUGAACUAAAAAAAUGUAUGUUUCAAUGAUAUUACAAUUUUACAGAGACACUCCACUUAGCACACUGGUCUGGUUCAGUUAUUUUCGACAAGUGUACAGUUUUGUGUUUUUCUUGCAUGGCCAUUUGUAAAGACAUUUUUGAGAAGAAACCUUCUUCGUUUUUCGGUAACGUGCGUUUAAAACCACAUUAUUUAAAAAUUAUAUUGCCACCCU